AUGUCAAUUUUUACGUAUUCUACGUAUGAAGAUAUACCAACAUUGGAUGAUGUGAAACGUGAAAUUACUAGCAUCGUAGGGCUGCGUGAAAUCAAGGUUCAAUUGGAGAAAAUUGUUGAGAAAAUAAUCGCUGCAGAACAUGAUGCCAGUGACAGUUUUCGAGUUGUUCCUCCCAAGCUCUUUCAUAUGGUGUUCAUAGGAAACACCGGAACAGGAAAAUCGACAGUAGCUCGAAUUCUUGGAAAAUUGUUUUAUUUGUCUGGAGCUUUACCAUCUCAUGACGUAAUUGAAACAGGACUAAGGGGAAAGAUGAAAACCGGAGAAGGAGGUAUAUUGCUCGUAGAUAUAGAUGAACAAGAUCUUGACUCUAAGAAGUUGGAUGAAGUCAUAUCUAUAAUGGACGAGGAGGAAACAUCAGUUAUAUUUGCCGGAAAUCGUACUUCAUUGAAUCAAACAAUGAAGUUAAACAAGGAGUUGUACAAAAGAUUUUCAGCAAGUUUACAAUUUGACGACUUCACCUGUGAGGAGUUCGCGAUGAUUAUUCAAAACAAGAUGAAUGAUCAAGGAGAGGACAGCCUGUUGCGCGGUUUUGAGUUGGAUGCUUCUUGCACCACUGAUAAUAUAGCGAAGGCAAUUGCUGAAGAGAGUUUUGAAGAAUUACGUAGUCAGUUGAAUGCAUAUUUGGUUGAUCAAAUGCUGCUGGAGGCAAAGGCGUGUUUGGAGAAAAGAGUUGGCGGUAAAUCUGAAACAAAAAUUUCUCUAAGAGAUUUGGCAAUGGGUAUACGUAAUGCGACUCAAAUCUAUAAGAAACUGUUGUGUCUGUAA